AUGGAUCCAUUGGAGCAAAGUCAUAUUUCAUUGAGAGGAGAUGUUGACUCGAUGAAAAACCAGAUAAACCAACUUGUGGAGGCUAUGAUAUCUUUAGCAAAGAGAGAGGAUAACAUUCAGCGGACUGCAGACAUUGGGAAUGUCAUUCCACCUCCAUUAAAUGAUCUCACUCAGCCUCGACUUGUGCGAACCCCAGUUGAUAAAUCUGUUGUACAGGAGCAUCAUAUUGUACAAGCCAUGCGUUCCUCAUAUCAUGAUGUUGUUGAGAAUCAUAGCUUUGCAUUCUCUGUGCCAGAUUCCCAUGGGACAAGCCUGGUGGUCAAUGCUAAACGACCACAAGAUGAUGAGAUUGCUGAAAGAUGUCGCGUGCUAGAGAAAAUACUUAAAGCUAUAGAAUGGCGAGAUGUUGUUGAACUCAAUGCUUUAAACAUGUGUUUGGUAACUGGCCUGGUUAUACCUGCAAAGUUCAAAGUUCCAGAAUUCGAGAAGUACAAAGGGGAUAGUUGUCCAAAGCACUAUUUGGUGAUGUUUUGUCGAAAGAUGAUCUCCUAUGCUCACAAUGAUAAGCUAAUGAUUCACUAUUUUCAAGACAGUUUGACUGGGGCAUUAUUGAGCUAG